CUUUGCUAUCCAGGAAGUUGUGCCUGAGGAGUUGUGGUGGUGAAAUCUGAUAGAAAACAGAGAACCAGAUCCGAAUCGUUUGGCACAGUUCACGAGAAACAAAUCAAUUAAACAUCACCUGAUAUCAAAGACCUGUAACACUAUACAGAAUGUCUCGGCAGUCAAACAGAACCACAGACAGUAAGAAGAUGAAUUCUGAGCUGUUCACCCUCACCUAUGGGGCACUGGUCACCCAGCUGUGUAAGGACUACGAGAACGACGAGGAGGUCAACAAGCAGCUCGACAAGAUGGGCUACAACAUCGGUGUGCGUCUCAUCGAGGACUUUCUGGCUCGCUCCAGUGUGGGGAGGUGUCACGAUUUCCGAGAAACGGCCGAUGUCAUCGCUAAGGUAGCGUUUAAGAUGUACCUGGGCGUCACCCCGAGCGUGACCAACUGGAGCCCGGCAGGGGACGAGUUCUCCCUCAUCCUGGAGAGCAACCCGCUGGUGGACUUUGUGGAGCUCCCCGACAACCACAACAACCUCGUCUACUCCAACUUACUGUGCGGCGCACUGCGGGGGGCUCUAGAGAUGGUCCAGAUGGCGGUGGACGUCCGGUUCGCUCAGGACACCUUGAGGGGGGACAGCGUGACGGAGAUCCGCAUGAAGUUCAUCAAGAGGAUCGAGGAGAACCUGCCGGCCGGCGAUGAGUGAUGCAUCAUGGGAAAUGGAGUCAGUCCUGGGCUGCCACCCUCCCCCUUCCCCCCACUCACUCACUGUGGAGGUUGACCCUUCACAGGGCCCAGGUAUAAAAACUACAGACUGCAUAAAACUACAUCUCCCAGGAGAGAAAGAAGCCCAGCGUCCAAACCCAGUGGUCAGCAUUGCUCAGACUUCUGGUCUCAAGUCUUAUUUAUUAUUAGCUAAAGAAUGCCCAGAACAGUUGGCUUACGCACACCAAACUCCCACCAAAGGCAGAGCUUUAAAAAAAAAUAAUAACAAAAAAAAUACUUAAGACUUCAGACUGGUAGAACUCUCCUGAUCACUUGUCGUCGCACAACCAGCUUGGGGCAGAUCUCCACUCUUUUCUACGUGGCUCGGAGCUGUUCCCGUCUGAAAAAGUGUGUGUCUUGCUUUUGGUUGUGUGUGUUUUUGUGCGUCGCUGACCCCUCCAUGUACAAGAGGGGCCCAGGAAACGUUACUUUGUUUUGUUUUGAAAUUGUCCGCGGACUUGUUCAUCGCGAUAAAUGCCCAAUUGAACUGGUGUGAAUAGUGUGAGUGUGCACACACAGAACUGUGUAGUACAGCAUGUGAAGGGGACCUUAGAUGAAACACACAUGCCACCACACCUAUGAUGAAAUGUCCUGUUUGUGUGUCUUUUUAAUCAGUGAUAUAUGCUUCACCUUAACAUGGUUAAAGCAAAGUAGUAAAUCAGUUUGUUUUCCAAGAGAUAGAAUGACCGCGCCUCGUUAUUCGGCCAAUCAGGAGGGUCUUUGUGAGAACAGUGGACGCCACAGAGAGAGAUGUGAAAGCCGCCCCUGUCCCUGUUUUGGGUUUCUGUUCUUGUUUGUUUCCCCGCUGUUUGUUUAUGUUUGCUAUUGGGUCUCACAUCAUUAACUGGCCCCCGGCAGGCCACAUUUCUUUCACUUUUUUUUUUUUAAUCUUUAUUUAUAUGUUAGCAAAUUAUAUUGAGAUUAAAUAAACUGUUAACUUCACUGA